AUGGACGCCGCACUGUGGGACCACCAGCGAGAGCUCGCGGCCGUCGCUCGCCACCGCAGCGUCCUCGUGAGCAGCGCCCAGCCCGUCGGCAAGUCGUUUGUAGGCUGCACACUCCUAUGCGAAGCCGCUGCGUCGAGUCCGCAGCGCGUGGCGCUGGCCGUCGCCGUGUCGCCGCCUGCGCGCGCGCAACUGCAAGUGCAACUUGCCCGAUUGUGUGGUCAACACAUAAUUUGCACCGACGACGCUACAGGCUCCAGCAGCUCGAUUGAGGCGAGCCAGUGGCUGGACGACGACGCGCUCGCGUGCAAGGAACUGCAGGCAGCGCGCGGCCAGAUUGCGAUCUUUUCGCCGUUCGUGCUCCAGGAAACGCUCCGUCGCGGCAGCUUGAAGCUGACGGACGUGCAGCUGCUGGUGGUGGAAGACUGGGACUUGGUGCACGCGGAGCUGCCGUCGUUCUUCAAGCUGCUGACGGGGCUCCUGGAUGCGCUGGCGCCACAUGACGAUCGCUGCCCGCGACUCUUUGCCACGACGCGCCAGUCGGCGUCAAAAAUGGACUGGAACGUCAUGACAAAUCCAUUAUUGAAGCACAUUCGUGUGUUUCAGAUGCUGCCUGUGCUGUCAUUGCCAUCGUCGAUGGCGCCGACGCUCGCGCCGUUGCAGUGCGAGGUCUUUUCGAGCCAAAAUGAGAGCAACACAAAGCAGCAAACAAGUACGCGGGAUUUCCUGCUUGGCGCGAAUAGUAAGAAGAUUAAUUUGGUGAAUGUGUUUCGGCUUGAACUGGAGCUUGGCAACUCGGCAGCUGUGUACGACGAUCGCAAGAAACAGGAUAAGGUCAACCGAUUUAUUCAGGAUGCAGAAGCUGUGCACGAGCACUUAGGUCAAUGGUGUUUGUGGAAAUAUGUCGAGCUGGAGUUGCAAGGCAACUUGCAAGCUUGUAUUGUCGACGACGUAGACAAUGUGAAUAAUCGAAAACGGAAGCAGCAGAGUGAUGAGGCAGAAGUGGCAGAUGAUCCCAUGGAUGGAGAAAGAAGUGAGGACGAUACUGUCCGGGAACUGGAAGUUGGCGAGGUAGACGACGAUGAUGUAGAAGAUGAGCUGGCAAGUGCUGACGAAAGUGGUAAUGAAGAAAGCAAGCUAACGAAAUUAGACCGCCUGAUGGCCAGGUUCAUUGGUACUGGUGUCGAGAUAGAUGAGACUACAAAGCUGAAAAUUCGACCAAUUUUGAAUGUCCUCUCCUGGCUGUCUGUACAGUUGAAGCUAUGCGGAACGUCGGAAGCCUCGCCACGGUUAGUGAAGACCGCCGAGGUAGUUCGAAACCGCUUUAGGAAUUCUCCAGGAGAGAAACGAAUUCGAGCUUGGGUAUUUCUCGAAAGGCGAUGUUAUUGCCGCGUCGUCGCUGAGUACUUGACCACAGCGUUGGCGGAUCUAGGCAUACCACCGAGCUGUUGCAUGCUUGGUAGCAGUAAUGCUCGUAUAUCUGGCGCGCUCAAAUUUUCAUCGUUUCUAAAAGUGGUGGAAAUGUUUACAAACUUUGAGACGAAGAUCAUGGUGACAACGUCUGUUUUAGAGAGCUCGCAAAAGAUGCGCAUGGCUCCGCCACCGUGUGAUCUGGUGGUGGUUAUGAAUGAAUUGCUUGAAGCCAACAAGCUAUAUGAAUUUGGUAAGCGUGCCGAUAGCGUACAAGGUUCCAUCAAGUAUAUUACCGAUGAUACAGCACUGGCUCGAAAUAAAUUUGAUGUCCUUGUUUGCAAAAUGCAGGAGCACAUCCGCCUCGUGCAAGAAAAUGAACGGGUGUACCCGUCGGCAUCUCAAUCAGCAUUUACGGAAAUGCGCAACGGUUUACAAACACCGCGUGCUCCAGUGGAAGCUGCAGCCCUAACUUAUACGGGGUCUACUUCGGCUAUGGUAGAAGCUGAAAGUCGAGCGUCGAAACGAGCUGAGCCUGUGGGGAGUGCUUACGAAAUUAUCAAUCGCGACACUGGUGCUAUUUUGAAUGUGGCGAAUAGUGUGGCGUGCUUAAGCAAAUUCUGUGAUACGCUACCAGGGUUGGAUACGUACGAUCGUCGCCCGCAGUACAUAGUGAAGCGAAUCUCUAUCGUGAAGCACAUGUCAGCAUCGGUAAAGCGGUCGAAAAAGAGGCUUCUCAAGUAUAAUGCAAAACUGACGGAUAAAAUUGAUGUGUUGAAAGCUGAAGCUGAGCAGCGGGCCAUUGUAGCAGCUGAAGACAGCAGCGACGACAGCUCGGAGGGCGACGAUGAACCAUCAGCAUCAGGUAUUCGCCCCACUGGCAUCGAAGACAAGCGAUUUCAUUUUUCUGCAACUCUGAAACUUCCAGGCGCAUUGGGUAUCAAGAAACAGCUGUUUUCGCAGCAAGUUGUAACGCAAGACGAGGCAAAGGGUAUUGUUGCUUUCAAGGCGUGCCAAGAAUUGGUGAAAAAGGGAUUACUGGAUCGGCACUUCCGUUCAAAGCUUAUAGACGACCAAGUGGCUACGGUGCACGCCGACCAAAUGGACAACGACAUUGCUGGUAGCAAAAAUGAUACUGCUGCUUCUGAUGACACGAUCGUGUUAGGUGAAGAUGAUGAGGUUUCUGAGCGUCGGUCGCAACUGAAUGAUCUAUCAACGCAGUCAUCGUAUGACUUACCCCCGGUAAGCGCGGUGGAGUUGAGUUUGCGACCGAUUCGAAGCCUAGCACAAGAAUCUGCCUGUAUUACUGAAGAGGGCGAAGAGUGGUCAACCACAAUGUGCUUCUACGGCCUAAGUGGUGCACGAUACGCCAUCUUGUCGACAAACGAGUUGUAUACUGGCAACACUAACACAGGGUGGCGCUACGACUUUGCGACGAGCGGAGUGAUGUCACCAGAGAUCCAGCCAAUUACGCUGGCGAAGAAGCCUUUGAUGCUCACUGUAACAAGGCAAGAGUUGCACGACGCGCUUCACUUUCAUUUAGUGGUGAUGCGUCUUGCGUGCAUGGGUGUACAAGACGCGGUGCGUGAUGUCGAUAUCGCAGGCGAUGAGGUGUGGAACGAGUUCUCCGAACAAAAUGACAAGGGCUACUUGGUUGUUCCGAGCGUGUUGGAUGAUUCGACGCAACCGCCGACGCUGUCGCUGGACUGGGAGUAUGUGCGCGAAAUUAUCAAAAAUCCACUACUCGAGCCUAUGUGGCCAUUACCGGCGACAAAUUCUUCAGAGGAUGUAGCAGAUACAACCGGCGAAUGGAUUUGCGUUCCGACACAUCGACUCAAUGCCAGCUAUGUGGUACGAGCGCGCACUGAUCGUACAGUGGGUGAUAUUCGUAAGGAGUACCUGGCAGACAAGGAAGCGUGGACGACACACUUGAAAAAAGGAAAAUCGACUCCCGGCAAUCCCAUUCUAGGUCGUUGGUACACUCUUCAACAGCUUGAGGAUGCUGAUGCGGAUCAGCUGUUGAUUCACGGUGUCCAGGUUCCUCCGAUCGUCCCUAUUAUUCGAAGAGUCAUGCAGCGAAAUCAUAGCGAAGGAAGCAUAGCACAGCCCAAAACCAAGUUCAACGAGCGCUUGCUAAUCCCGCAGUACACAUCACGUCUGCGUCUGACAAAGAGCCGCUUCUUCGAUGCAAUGGGAUUGGUGCCACUUCUUUACGAGUUUGAGCGCAAGUGCCAGAUCUCACAUUUGAUGGGGAAAAUUGGUUUGGAGCUCGACAUGUCACUGCUGGAUGACGCCACUACGAAACCUGCGUACGAGCGUCUAGAAAUUCUCGGCGAUACGUUUCUGAAGCUUGAGACGUCGUGGUACAUGUACGAGCAGCGAAAAGAUAUCUUACAGGAGGGGCAACUGACGCAACUUCGCCGCGACAUCAUCCGUAAUGACAGGCUGAAUCAGUUUGCACUAGCAGCUCGUCUGCACCACUACAUUAUGUACCCGGCUGAAGUGGAGCAGCAUCCUUUCCAGUGCUGGAAGCCAUCAUGCAUGGGCAAGACGCCUGAUCCAGUGGUAGCACCAGCAAAAUGGAUCGCCGACGUACUAGAGGCGAUCACUGGGGCAUACCUGGUCGGCCAGGGAGAGAAGGGUGCACGGUACUUCCUUAAAUGGAUUGGUGUGAGCGUUCUGGAGCACCCGUUUACUUUCGCGAAGCCCUUUUACCCGGACUGCUUUCCAAACGAGCUGUACGACGCUGCAAUAAAGUCGCGAGGAGUCCAACAUCCACUGAGUCUAAAUUUCAAGGUGCCACAAUUUGAAGAUCUGCCAAAGCGGCUUAUGCUGCUUCAGCAACGAUUGAAAUACACGUUCCGCAACAAGCGCUUGUUGUUGGAAGCAGUGACGCACCCGUCAGUGGGUCAGCUCGUUCUGCACAUUGACAAAAUAGAUGCCAAUGACGCCGACGCGAGUAAUGAGGACGGCGAUGGUGCAGUAAUAGCGCGCACGCAAAAGAAGAAGAAGACAGUGUGGAAGGGAGAUUACGAGCGACUGGAGUACCUGGGCGAUGCUUUGAUCGAAUACUUGACACUAUCCUACGCUUUUCUGAUGUACGACCAGUGGCUGCCUGGAUCGCUUUCACAAUGGAAGAGCGCAACAGUCUCGAACGAUGCCUUGGGCAAAACAGCGCUGGCCUGCUUUGGCGUAGAUGAGUGCAUGUUUGCCGGUGCCGUUCGUAUUGAUCACGAGACGAUGGAGCGUGUCAGUAAUAUCGGACGGAAGUACGCUCGUAACGAAGCGAGUACUACUUUGAGUCCAGCCUUUGAAGCCGUCAGUGUAUCGAGAAAGCCACGAGCAAACGGCAAGGGUGCGUCGGCUAGUGCGAACCGACACGCGCUGCCAAAAAUGUUUGCGGAUGUUUUCGAAGCUCUUGUGGCAGCAGUGUUCUUGGACUCGGGUCGAGACCUUCAGGUGGUUCGAGAUGUCUUUAUGGGUCCGCUGCUCGAGACCGUGGGACAGGAUGCCUACGCCUACGUUUGUCAUGAGAGUGGGCUGUCUAUGGACAACGGUUGUGAUGCGUUGAUGGAGGACUUGGUCUUUUCGAGUGAUGAAGAUGACGAGUAG